AACUUUAACCCACACCAAAACUUCCUCUCUAUAUUCCUUGGUUCACUCAGUGACUCAGUCCCACGUGUGCACUGUUUAUCGCCUGAUGCCUUCAUCAUGCCUAAAGUUGUAGAAAAGAGGAAGCGUAUUGUGCUUACACUUAAGCAGAAGGUAGACAUUUGUCGACGAUUAGAGAGAGGUGAAAGCAGACAAACUAAUGGCGGAAUAUGGUGUGGGUUCAUCAACUAUUUAUGACAUUAAAUCCCAAACGAAAAAGUUGCGCGAUUACAUGAAAGCCACCGACACCCCAAAGGCAACGGAAAAUCGUCACACACUACAGUAUCAUCGUGGUGAAAUGAUGGACAAAGUGUUACACGAGUGGUUCAGCUUGAAAAGAUCAGAAGGAGUCAUAAUUACAGGCCCAAUGUUACAAGAGAAAGGGCGUGACUUAGCUAAGAAGAUGGACGAGGAAAGGGCAUACCAGUUCUCUGAUGGCUGGCUCCACAGGUUCAAGGUUCGUCAUGGCAUAUAGGCGGGAUCACACGAGCAACUAACUCCAGAAUUUUCUGCCGAGAUUCAAAGUCGGCAGCAUUUCGCGGCGAAGUCGGCGAAUUUUCUCGAGAAAUCUCGGCAAUCAGUAUGUUGGUUAUUUUUUCCCGAGGUCGGCAAUUGUUGUGGGCGCAAGAAGAAGAAGAGGAAGUCGUCAGCUGAGGCUGAGCGUCCCUCGUGUUUACAACAAUGAGUUCUGUGAAAUUUGAAAAGCUUCCCUGGUCACGGGAGGCUGAGGCACUGCUUUUGGAAUUGAUAAGAGAACACCGCAAUGUGUGGGAUCCUAAACAACCAGGUUACCACAAAAUCAAGCGGAGACAGGAGGUUUUCUCCCAGAUUGCCAGUGUCAUAAGGCAACAGUUUAAGGAGCUCCGCCAGCUAACUGGAGAACAUGUCCGGAUGAAAUUCAAGAACAUUCGGACCUAUUUCCAGAAUCUCUACAGGAAGAUUCAGAAGACACCAAGUGGAUCUGCUGGACAGCCUGGACAGAAGUGGCCUUUAUUUGAGACUGCAAUGUUCCUGGUGGACAGCCUGGUUUAUACCAGUAACACCACAUCUACUUAUGUGGUACCCAAUUCUGAGCAGGUUAACUUGGUGCCAACACUUUGCCUUUCACCAGAUGGCUCCAUGAGGGAGGAGGAAAUGCCUUGUCUAACUACGCUGGACCUACAGGUGACAGAUUGUGAGACUGUGCCAUCUGGAGAGGUUACACGCCUGCAACAGGAAUCCAGCCCACAGCCAUCACCUGGUACUAGUAGCAGUGCUGAAGCUGGUGUUCCGUGUCACCAAAAAUUGCCAGUGAGGCCCACGACAACAAGGAAAAGAAAGAGGCCAUCAAGUGUUGUCUCAGAUAUUGACUCUUGUGUGGAGACAUUGCAAACUUAUGUGAAAAAUAUUAACAAAAAAAAAUCAGCGUCUGUUGAGGCUUCGAGCUUGGGAAACAUUGUGGAAGCAACCUAUGACAAACUUAUACAUACAAAUCAAAUAUGGUUCAUGCAAGAAGUUGUGAAAUUGGUUGCAAAAGCCAAAGUUCUGCCAUCAGGAGUUAGUUGCUCGUGUGAUCCCGCCAUAAGGAAGCUGGACACCUCGGGAGAAUCAAAAUCUGCCAACUUACCCUCGGCUGAAGAGUUUGUCGAUAGGUUUGCGAGGAUAGUUGAGGAGCAUAACCUGACGUCUGAGCAGAUUUACAACGCCGACGAGACUGGCCUGUUCUACCGCUGUCUGCCAAGAACCACACUUGCAAGCGAGUUAGAGGGAGACGUGAAGGGGUUCAAACAGAGCAAGGACAGGCUAACAGUUCUGUGCUGCGCUAACAUGGCUGGUACGCACAAAGUCAAGUUGUGCGUGGUUGGCAAGCACAAGAAGCCGCGCUGUUUUAAGAACGUGAAUUACCUACCUGUCGAUUAUCGUAACCAACGAAGUGCUUGGAUGACAGCUGAAAUUUUCCUUGACUGGUUCAAGCAUUGCUUUGUGCCAUCUGUCAAGGAAAAUCUGAAGAAAAAUGGUCUCCCAGAGGACAGUAAGGUAGUUUUAUUAUUAGAUAAUUGUAGAGCUCAUCCACCAGCAGAGGAACUUGUUGUGGGAAAUAUUUUUGCUGUAUAUUUGCCCCCUAAUGUCACAAGUGUUAUUCAACCCAUGGAUCAGGGAGUCAUUCAAAAUUUUAAGAUGAACUAUCGUAAGAGUUUCCUUCGCAAACUUGUUAAUUAUGAGGACGGCACAAUCCCCGAGUUCCAAAAACAGUUUAAUGUUAAGGAUGCGAUAUUCAUGGCUUCACUUGCUUGGCUAGACCUUAAAAGGCAAACAUUGAUGCGAAGUUGGCGCAAAUUUUACCCUUUGAUUAUGUUUGGUGAGGAUAAUGAGGAGUUUGAAGGGUUUGGAGGUGGCAUGAAAAAUUCGGUUGUGAGCGAGCUGAGGGAAAUGGGGGGAAAUGUGCAACUUAAAGUGACAGAUGAAGCGUUACGGGAAUGGGUGGACGUGGAUGAAAAUCAGGCUGUAACAUUCACUCUCACAGACGAGGAACUUAUCAACGCUGUAGUAGAUGAUCAUUUAGAGAAAAUUAGUGAUGAUAGUGAUGAUGAUGAUAAUGAGCCUAAAGUAACUUGGGAACAGGCUGCGAAACACAUAGCUGGCUUUGUCAGGUUUGCUGAGCAGUGCACAUACAUGUCAACCCGAGAUGUUAUGACCCUUCACUGCAUUGAAAAUGAGUUUUUGUUGCAAAGAAGAAAGAGCUGCAAACAAGGAGACAUUAGAAACUAUUUAGCUUGUAAGGGAAAAGAAGUGGGGCAAACAAGUACAGAAUCUGAUGAUGUUGAGUGAGAGGUGUGGGGAGCGAAAAAGUGUCACAAACGCGUACUUUUCAUAUCUUUAUUGUACAUCUUUAUACCCUAUGUUUAUAUUGAAAUGUUAUUGUUUGCUAUACUUGUUGGCUAAUAUUGAAUAAAGCAAAUAAGUGUA